UUCAGUCCAUCAGCACUGCUGCGGAGGAGGUGUUCCUGGUGGCCAUCUUGGAUGCGAGGAGUGAUUGUUUGACGUGAGAGAAGGCAUGAAGACAACAGCAUCAUAGUACAGAAGCCAUGGCGGACAAGAGAAAACUCCAAGGUGAAAUAGAUCGAUGUCUGAAAAAAGUGGCGGAAGGAGUGGAGCAGUUUGAGGACAUUUGGCAAAAGCUUCACAAUGCAGCUAACGCAAACCAGAAAGAGAAAUAUGAAGCAGACCUCAAGAAAGAGAUCAAGAAGUUACAGAGGCUCCGUGACCAGAUUAAAACCUGGGUGGCCUCCAAUGAGAUCAAAGACAAACGGCAGCUAGUGGAGAAUCGCAAGCUCAUUGAAACGCAAAUGGAGCGCUUUAAGAUCGUGGAGCGGGAGACCAAGACCAAGGCGUACUCCAAAGAAGGCCUCGGCCUGGCUCUUAAGGUGGACCCUGCGCAGAAGGAGAAGGAGGAGGUGGGCCAGUGGCUUACGAACACCAUAGACACCUUGAAUAUGCAAGUCGACCAGUUUGAGAGUGAAAUAGAGUCACUAUCUGUCGUGACACGCAAGAAGAAAGGAGACAAAGAGAAGCAGGACCGUGUAGAGGAGCUGAAGAGGAUGGUUGAGAGGCAUCGCUACCACAUCCGAAUGAACGAGACCAUCCUGCGCAUGCUGGACAAUGACUCCAUACAGGUGGACUCGGUCCGCAAGAUCAAGGACGAUGUGGAGUACUACCUGGACUCGUGCCAGGACCCCGACUUUGAGGAGAACGAGUUCCUCUACGACGACCUGGACCUAGAGGACAUCCCGGCCGCCCUGAUAGCGUCGUCUCCGCCGGGCAACUCCACUAUGGAUGACGAUCUGUUCCCACAGCCCUCCAGCAGCACCCCCACCACCUCCACCUGCUCCUCCCCCACGCCCCCCUCGCCCGCCACCUGCAUCAUGGAGAACUCCGAGGACAUCGACAAGAGACGAGGCCGGUCCACAGACAGCGAGGUCAGCCAGUCGCCAGUGAAGAACGGGAAUCCUUCACUGUCCUCCUCAUCCUCGUCCUCUUCCUCAUCCUCAUCACACUCCUUGGGAAACUCCUCCUCCUCCUCCUCAUCCAUCUCUUCCUCCUCCUCCCCGCUGAUAUCCAUGGUGACUGCCUCCAGCGCGGUGACUGGCGUUACCGUGCCGACGGGAGGAGCCGUCUCCGUCUCUGGGAGCUACAGCUCGGCCACGCAGGGCCACGGGCAGCUCCAGCAAUCCAAGAUGGCCGCCAAUGCCAACUCCGCUGCCAGCAUGGCCGCUUGCAUCCUCUCUGCGGCACCUUCUGCCACCAACAGCAUCUCCUCGAGUAGCCCCGCCUUCUCUGGAGGCCUGCUGCCACACCCACCCUCCUCAAGCUCCUCCCCUCCCACCACCGCGAGCAGCAGCACUAACUCUCAUACUCCUCCCACCAUCGCUGCGGUGGGAGGCUCCACUGGAAUGAGGGCGGGGCCGACUUCCAUUCCAGGAAGUCUUAGUAACAACAACAGCAGUAGCACUAGCAGCAGUAGCAUUUUCCUGCUGUCUGGGAUGCCGGCGUCCCUAAGCAGCCUGUCAGGUCUGCUGGGGGGCUCAAACUCCACCUCCACACCCACCCCCACCACCACAGCCAGCACUCCUGCACCCCUUCCCCUGCCCCUCCCGCUCCCUCUACCCGCCCCAUACGCUCAGGCGGCGGCAGCUAACACCUGCAUGAACAGCCUCAGCGCAGCCAGCAAUGUCAACGGCAGCCCUGCAGGUGCCGUUCUCCCUGGGCCGAUCGGGUCUGCACCGGGGGCCACUGCUACCACUAGCACGUCCACAGGCCUGCUGGGGGCCGCCCCAUCGUCAACCCUGGGGACUUCACUCAACCUCGCCCCGGGAUCCGCCACGACGACGAGUGCCCAGGGGCCCCCCACACUGCCCUUGGUGGCCCCCAGCCCGCUGGCGGGAGGUGUGGCCCCGGCUCUUGGAGGGAACUCGGGCAGCUCGUUGUCAGCGGUUGGCAGGCCUCCUAGUGUCCAAAAGCAGAACGGCAGCACGAGUUACAGUGCCGUGGUAGCCGAAAGCACAUCGGAUGUCGCCCUUAAUGGUGUCAGCCAAUCACAAAACAGCCAGACGACACCCUUGGGCUCUUCAGCCAAUCAGCCUACGGAUGGCGGGUCCAACCUGUUCCCAGCCACCUGCCCCUCCCCCUCCUAUGCAGAGGCCAAGCCAGCAGGGGGCAGCCUUCUCAACGGCCCCCACUCCUACACUCAGGCUAACGAUGGCAUUAAGGAACCUCUGAGUUCUCUCAAGUCCAUGGCGGAGAGGGCAGCUCUGGGCUCCAGCCUGGAGGGCGACAUGGCCAGCUUGCACCUCCCUGGGGACUUGUUCCCCAACUCUACAGCGCCUCCCGGUGCCCCCGGCGGCCCCCAGCAGCCGUUGGUGUCGGAGGUGAGCGUGCCCCCCUCGCUGGGCGGCUGCCCGCUGGGCCCUCUGCCCCUCUCCAAAGAGCAGCUCUACCAGCAGGCCAUGCAGGAGGCGGCCUGGGCACACAUGCCACAUCCGUCCGAUUCAGAGAGGAUCAGGCAGUACCUGAUGAGGAACCCCUGUCCCACGCUGCCCUUCCACCACCAGGUGCCCCCUCCCCACUCCGACAGCGUGGAGUUCUACCAGAGGCUCUCCACGGAGACGCUCUUCUUCAUCUUCUACUACUUGGAGGGCACAAAAGCCCAGUAUUUGGCAGCCAAGGCCUUGAAGAAGCAGUCCUGGAGGUUCCACACCAAGUACAUGAUGUGGUUCCAGAGGCACGAGGAGCCAAAGACCAUCACAGACGAGUUUGAACAGGGCACAUAUAUUUAUUUCGACUAUGAGAAAUGGGGCCAAAGGAAAAAGGAGGGCUUCACGUUUGAGUACAGAUACCUGGAAGAUCGGGACCUGCAGUGACUACCAUUGGAGCGGUAGGCAGAGAGACCGAAAGAGAACUGAGGUGGGAUUUCGGAAUACUGGCAACAUUCCUGGACGUAACAGAGUUCUAAUGUGCACUGGGAAGUGGUUGGCUGAUUAGCAAAGUAGGGAGCAGCCCAUGGAAACCCCUCCCACUUUUCUGAACAAGCCCCACCCAUUCAAUGUAACGACUACAAUCGAUUUGCUGCCCUUCUGACCUCUUCUUGUCCAGUUAGGCCUUGUGAAUGAUGGGUACAGAGCCUUCAACAUUGUGGCCUUUAUUGGUUGAAGGUACUGUCUCAACUACACAUCCUGCAACGAACCCCACCCCAAACUGAGUCAUGUAUUCGAAAGCAAAUAAGAACCAAAGACAAUGGGUCCAAAAUGUCCAGAACUGCAGCUCCAACACACACACACUGACCACACAAACACCUACAGUUACAUGCAGACCAUACUCCAGCUGACAUCUCACUUACUGACAGAGGUGUCAAUUCCAGCUUCAGAAAGGGGGAAAAUGUGACUAUUUCCUUCCAACGCACUGGUGACCUCACUGACUAACUGCUCUACCUACCUAUGUUGACACUAUGACCCUAAUGAUGAGCUGAUUCAGAGCUUGUGGAUUAUAUGUUGUGGUGGGCACUUCACUUUCUGGACCUGUGAUUGACACCUCUGUUAACUGACAGCAACCAAACUGACAACCGAGCGAUGACCACCAGCUCUCAUUCACACUUUGCAGCUGGCCAAACAUGGUGGACAGACUCAGAAAACCUUCCAGCAACUGAAGAGGUGAAGCUUUUUGCCAGGUGCUCUGUUUGGCUGCCUCUCCCUCUUGUGCCACGGGAUUGGAACGGUUCUUGAGUCGGAACUCAGUCAAGUCAGGAAUGUGCAAAGGCGGAAGAACCAAGGGGUUGUGGGAAGAAUGGAGUCCCCUGGCCAAACACUUAGGGCUCUUUCCCAUAUGCGAACUCCCGUCCUCGACCUGUGCUUGUAGCCUCGCGUUGCGCUGACGUCCCGCCUCCGUGGAGAAAACGAUCAACUUUCCCCGCUGUCAGCCUAGCCACAACAACUUUUGGGGAACUAUUCUUCAUUCACCAUCAUGAUUGCAAAUGAGAAAAGGACCUCAGAAUUGCACUUUUGCGAGAGAUUGAAAUACAUUUCUGUCGUCAGUGAGACCACAAGUAUGCAAGGGAGGACGGGAGUUAGGAUAUUAUAAAGCAGCCUUAGGGACCUGAUUAUGCCCAUGUAGAGAAGCAUGACGGGACCACUAUGGUUUAUACACUGGGUGCAAGUCAAACUACAAAAGUCGCUCUGCACUGGUUGACUGCGGGGGAACCUUAAAGGACAACUGCACUAUUUUGAGCAUUAAGGCCAUUUUCUGAGUUGUUCGCAAUUUUUUUUUCAGUGUCCCCCUCACCGUUUAUUUCAUGUUUGCUGCAGUCUCGGUUAUUUGGCUAAUUUGGAUUUUGUCUCAACCAGCUUUAGAAUGGCCGUCUAUGGGCAUAUCCAAAUCUGUUCUUAAAACAUGACAAUUGCAGACCACUCAGAAAAGGGGCUUAAUGUUCAAAAUAGUGCAGUUCUCCUUUUAAAGUUUUUUUCAUGUACUGUAGGUGGGGCAACACAGAGGAACAUAAAAGAAUGGGAGAAUGUAGUUGGAGGAAGAAAAGAAAUCCGCACACUGU